AUGCGGCCUAAGCUCUCGCGACGUGUCAAGCUUGCGGCACCACGCAUGGUACCAGAUAUACGACAAACUAUGGGUGACCGUCGAUACACGCGCAGAGGCGAGCGCAAAUACAUCGGUUUGCAAAAUGAGAUCCUGGAAAGACCCUGGACUGCGAAAAGAUACAAUAGAAGGGCAGAUUCGUUUGACCCUGAUGACUGCACUAUCGACUCGAUCGGACCUGGCGGCGAUUACCCGUUAGGAGAUAUUGUUCGACUCUCGAAAGCUCUGCGAAGGGCACUGGUGACGUACCAAACAGUGGCUAGAUUCACCGAAGACAGAGAGAAGAAAGCCGACCCUGAAAUACAGCAAGUUAUAAAGCAGGCUGAGAAAGUCCAGCAUACAUCAGUGGAGGCAUUUAAGAGGUGCUGUUUAGCCUUACAGGCAAACCUAGAGGAACUCGGAGAAGUCAACUCGACAUUUUCUCGCUUGACAUUUGAGAAGCAGGAUUGGUGGGAAGGCCACAACAUCUUCUCUCGUGAGAUACCAUCCGAUUUUAUCGAGGGCCGCUUCGCCAGUCAAGACGGGAAGCUGCAAAAUGUUGCGUCCUACACGUAUCAUCUAGAGAAGAGUUUGUAUGAGGAACUGGAAACCAUCAAGCACAAGCCAUACAGUAGAAGGAGCAAAACUGAAUUUGUGUCUCGGAUUACGACAGAACUUGUUCGUGUUCUCAACGAUACAGAAAUAGGUUACCAGCACCUCUUCUAUUACGGUGUUGCUAUCAUCGUGGAUGUGCUUCUGGCACAUCCCCGUCAUAUUCCGAGCAUGGCUACUGAACUCAACGAACCGCAAAUUCUUUACUAUUUCAACGAAAUUCUCAAAAGGAUUGGUGAAGACGCACUGUAUCAAGAAGGCCUCCAGAGCCGGAAACUCCACCGUCGAAAUCUUUCGGACGGUGCGCGACGCAUGCUCGAAGCGAUGAACGCGUACCCUUGCGAGGAGCUGAAGUGUGUGCAUGAACGAUACAACCAUACCUACAAGCGCCUGCUCAGACUGGCCCGACGAGAAGUUUCUAGUCGCGUAUACGUUUGCAUUGGACGGCGUCUGCCAACUGAGCUCUGCGCCAUGAUUGUGCAGGCCACACACAUCGCUGAACGUAUCGAUCCACCUUGUUCAGAGUUUGGCGCUGAGUUUCCCUGCUCGAGCUCUAUUGGACCCUAUGCUUUCGAUUGGGAUGACUGGCUUGGAAGAUAUCGAAGACAUUCGGACUACGAUAACGAGUCUGUCUCCUCAGGCCCAGAGUGGGGUUAUUCCGAACGAUCGUUUGGCUCCGAAGAUCUCAAGUCAGAAUUAUCUUCCGAAGAGCUAGAGAUCGAUUCAACACACCAUGAGUUUGAAGACGAUGAGCACAACGACAAGAAUACUGAGGAGAAUGUGGCGUCGUAG